UAAUAAGUCAAGCUUGUUGCACCACCCGCGCCACCAUGGCCUUCGCCGCCGCGCUCGCUCUCCUCGUGGCCGCGCCCGCCGUUUUGCUCGCCUCAGCGACGAGUCUCACGGCGCCCAGCAGCACCAGCGGCGUGUCGGGGCGACGCUUCAGCGGAGAGCGACUGCGAGAGGUCCCAGAGCUGCGGUUCACAGGGUGGCGAAGCCGAUGGCAGGAGCGCUGCGAGCGUUGGAUCGUGGUGACCUCCAUCUUCGCGCCCUCGGAGGCCACGCGGAGCCUGGGGGCGAUGACGAAGCAAGGAUGGUGCUUCGUGGUGGUGGCCGACCAGAACGGACCUCAGGACUACGACGUGGAGGGCGUGAUCUACCUCACGGUGGAACGGCAGAAGGCGCUUCAUUUUCACAUCAUGGACUACCUCCCUUGGCGCCACUUCGGGCGAAAGAAUGUGGGGUUCCUCUUCGCCAUCGCGCAUGGUGCCAAAGUCAUCUAUGAUACGGAUGACGACAACCGCUUGAAGGAACCUCGGAUCCCGAUCCUGGGCGACGAACUGGCGGCCAACGUCUCGUGGCCAGAGGGUGACCCGGGUGGACCCGGGCUGAUGAAUCCAUAUCCCAGCUUUCAACCCAGUUGUGGACACAUGUGGCCCAGAGGCUUUCCGCUGGACUAUGUCCAGGCUCAGGAGACCUUCAACAAGACCAUUGUCGUGAAGACGCUUCGCCGCGCCCCGGCGGUGCAACAGUUCUUGGCGGAUGAGGACCCGGACGUGGACGCGAUCUUCCGGCUCACCCGGCGGUUACCUUGUAGCUUUGCGGGCUUGGAUGAAGCUUUACCUCCGGUGAUGGCCAUUCCACCCAGGUCCUUUACGCCUUACAACGCUCAAGCGACGGUGCACCUCUACGACGCCUUCUGGGGUUUGCUGCUGCCGGUCACCGUCCAUGGGCGGGUCUCGGACAUCUGGCGCGCCUACCUCACGCAGAAGUUGCUGUGGGAUGUGGGGCAAGUGAUCACCUUCACUCCGGCGCACGUGGUGCAUGAUCGGGUGGCGCACGACUAUUUGAAAGACUUCCAAAGCGAAGGCGAUUUGCAGCUGAAAUCCACUGCCAUGGUGGAGUUCCUGUCGCGGUGGAGUUCCUCGGCGCCCUCACUGCUGGAACGCCUCGAAGAGCUUUGGGCUGAGCUUUAUGCGAGACACUUCGUCGAGCUGGGCGAUUUGAGGCUGGCACAAGCCUGGAUCCGUGACCUCAUCGCCGUUGGCUACGAGUUCCCCGCACUGAGCGCUACUUCGACAUCGGAAGGGAAGGGAGUGCGUUCGAAGGAGGAGCUGUGAAGGUACAAACCUUCAUAGCAAUUGGUCUUGCAGGCCUGUUGCUUUGAGUGGGCAAAAGUCCCACCAUCUUUCAACUGAGUUGUUCAGAGAUUUGGUGGGUCAUCGAGAAAAAGCGAUGAAGGAGGUGCUGCUGAUGGAUUCAAUCAUACUCAAUUCUUUUCCACUCAACGUACGGUUGUCAACGGACACCUCUGGGGAGCACUCCGGGUGCCUUUGCGACAAUGGCCAGAUGCUUGCUGGCAGAUUCGCCUGUUUCAAAGGCCUGAAAGCAUCAGUUUUAUAGAUUUGAUCAUAUUUGAUCCACCAGCAUCCUAGAGCCAUUGUGCAGACACCCCACGCAGAUCUGUCGCAAGCAACGGCAGUGGGGGGAACUUCGUUGCAGGCGAAGGCGGUGGUAAAUAUUGGAGGGAUGAUGUGUCAUGACUUUUUU